AUGGAUCGACUCUUGCGUCUCGGAGCACAUGCUUUACAGGCAAAUGCAACACCGACUGAUUCGAAUCAAGUGGACACUUCAGAGACUGUCUACAUCUCAUCACUGGCCUUGUUGAAAAUGCUCAAACAUGGCAGAGCAGGAGUUCCAAUGGAGGUGAUGGGUCUAAUGCUGGGUGAAUUUGUCGACGACUACACUGUAAACGUCAUCGAUGUUUUUGCAAUGCCUCAAAGCGGAACGGGUGUUUCUGUGGAAGCGGUGGAUCCUGUUUUUCAAGCCAAAAUGUUGGAUAUGCUAAAACAAACAGGAAGGCCAGAAAUGGUUGUUGGGUGGUACCACUCACAUCCCGGAUUUGGAUGUUGGCUUUCAGGAGUUGACGUGAACACGCAACAGUCUUUUGAAGCUUUAUCCGACCGCGCCGUAGCUGUUGUUAUUGAUCCAAUUCAAUCAGUCAAGGGAAAGGUUAUAAUCGAUGCUUUUCGAACAAUCAACCCACAAAAUGCGGCUCUCAAUCAAGAGGCUCGUCAAACAACGAGCAACAUCGGGCAUUUGCAGAAACCUAGCAUUCAAGCGCUUAUCCACGGAUUGAAUCGCCACUAUUAUUCCAUUCCAAUUGCUUAUCGACCACAUGAACGAGAGCAGAAGAUGCUCCUCAAUUUGCACAAAAAGUCUUGGAAGGAUGCGAUCAAUGUAGUCAACUAUACGCAGCAUGGCGGACAAAAUGAAGAAGCGAUGAAGAGCAUGCUGAAAUUGGCCAAAGCAUACAAAAAAUCCCUCGAAGAAGAGGAGAAAAUGUCGGAACGUGAGCUUGAGAUCAAGAAUGUCGGAAAAAUGGAUCCCAAGCGUCAUUUGGGAGAAUUGGUGAAUCAACUUAUGGCUGACAACCUCGUGCAAGGCCUUUGCGGAAUCAUCGAUGCUGAAAAAGUUAGAGAUCUUCCUUCAAAGGAGCCAGGCCCCAAUGAGCUUGUCGUUGAAGUAGAAAGCUGUGGUUUCAACUAUGGAGAUUGGAAAAUGAUUAAAGGAAUGUAUCAUUUGAAGCCAAAGAGACCAUUUGUACCAGGCUUUGAGCUGGCUGGCAAUGUUAAAAAAGUCGGUGAAAAGGUGCAAAAAUGGAAAGCCGGUGACCGGGUUUUGGUGUUACGGAGACAUGGGACGGGCGGUUUUGCCGAAGAAUGCAUUGUUAAGGAACACGAUUUGAUUUACAACUUACCGUUUUCUAUCAAUUACGAGACAGCGGCAGCUGUUGCAGUCACCUAUGGAACAGCCUAUGUUUCUUUGGCAAAUAUGGCUCGUGAAAGACAGGGGAGUUCUGUUCUGGUCCUCUCCGCUCGUGGUACUAUGGGAUUUGCUGCAAUUGAUCUAGCUCAAAACGUUUUUGCUGCUCAAGUCUUUGCCGCUUCGGAUGACGAAGAGAAAUUAGAAAAACUUCGGACCACUGGAGUGCAGCGAACGAUCAACUGGGAGAAAGAAGAUUUGGUUAAGGUGAUUCGCAAAGAUACUUUCAAUGAAGGUGUAGACGUGGUUGUCGAUACUGUUGGUGGAAAAGUCUUUCACACAGCUUUGGAAUCGCUGAAGAAAGGUGGUCAUUUGGUCUCGCUCUCGUUUGCAUCUGGCGAAAUUCCUUCAGUCUCAUUGUUAGAUCUACAUCGGUUACAAGCAACUGUAACAGGUGUGUGGUUGGGUGGACGAACGGCUUCUGAAAUUGAUGCGAUAAUGUCGACGAUUAUUGGACUUUUUGAUGAAGGCUACUUGAGUGCUCGAAUAGAAGCUAAAUAUGGUCUCGAUCAGUUAUUUGCGGUCGCCCUUUUCUGUGCGGGCAUUCUCUACAUGAUCAACUCAUCGGGUGAUAUUGGGAACAGUGUCGAUGAAAUUUCGUGGACCACAUUCACCGAGCAGAUGUUACCAACAAAAGCGAUACGAGAGAUUGUCGUUUUCAACGAGAAAGAAAUAGCUAUUCUGCACAUUUGGAGCGAUGCUCGAGGACUGGAUGGAGAAAAGUUGAAACCAGUCUACAAACUUCGGGUUCCCUCGAUAAGUCGGCUUGAAUCAGAGCUUCGAGCCGCUGAAGCCGCUCUAAACAUGCCGCCCGAAUAUUGGAUUCCCGUCAAAUAUAAACGGCUUGAUGAGAUAAGUUCAACCUUAAAUCUGAUAUUUCUUGGUCUGCUUUUUGCUACCGGAUAUUAUAUCUUCAAGAAGGCCAAAUUUUCAAUUAAUAUGACGGACAUGAUGGGCCAAAUGACGAAACAAAAAUUAAACAUCAUCGAUCCCCACUCUCCAGAUGGCAAGAAAGCUCUAAAGAUAAAAUUCAAAGAUGUGGCAGGGUGUCAUGAAGCCAAAGUUGAAAUCAAAGAAUUUGUCGACUACUUGAAGAACUCGAGCAAGUAUACGAAAUUGGGAGCCAAACUACCAAAAGGAGCUUUAUUGACUGGGCCACCGGGGUGCGGGAAAACGCUGCUAGCACGAGCUUUGGCCGCUGAAAGCACGGUUCCCUUCAUCUCGAUGAAUGGAACGGAGUUUGUAGAAAUGAUUGGAGGUCUUGGUGCAUCGAGAAUACGAGGAUUGUUUAAAGAAGCAAAACAACGUGCACCGUGUAUCAUCUAUAUUGACGAAAUCGAUGCAAUUGGGCGGAAACGGAGCGAAGCUGGAGGGAAAAACGGGUUUGCCGGUUCUUCCGAAGAGGAGCAGACAUUAAACCAACUUCUCGUAGAAAUGGAUGGAAUGGAUUCAGCCAAAGGAGUUGUCGUCUUGGCUUCAACGAAUAGACCUGAUGUUCUUGAUAAGGCUUUAUUGAGAAGAGGUCGUUUUGAUCGCCAUGUCUCCAUUGAUCUCCCUACUGUUGCUGAACGGAAAGAGAUGUUCGAGCUCUAUCUCAAGAAAAUCAAGACCGAUUUCGCCUCGACUAAGUACUCGGAACGACUUGCGCAAAUGACACCUGGAUUUUCUGGAGCCGAUAUUCGAAAUGCUGUCAAUGAGGCAGCAAUUAAGGCCGCCACCGAUAAUUUGUUGCAGGUGUCCGUCAAAGAAAUGGAGUAUGCAAUGGACAAGAUUAUUGCAGGGCCUGCAAAACGCUCUCGUACACUGGUAAAAGAAGAGCGAGCAACAGUUGCAUAUCAUGAGGCUGGACAUGCUCUUGUCGGAUGGAUGCUUGAACACACGGAUGCUCUUCUCAAGGUUACGAUUAUUCCGCGAACAUCAGCUGCCCUUGGCUUUGCUCAAUAUUGCCCAAGGGACAAAAAGCUGUUUACAAAAGAAGAGCUUUUUGAGAGAAUGUGCAUGAUGCUAGGCGGACGAGCUGCCGAGAAUCUCAAGUUCGGUCGAAUAACAACAGGAGCUCAAAAUGAUCUUGAAAAGGUGACGAAAAGCGCAAUGGCUCAAGUAAAGAAUUAUGGAUUUUCGCCGAUCAUUGGGCCACUUUCGUUUGCGGUGCAAGAUGAGAGAGCCGCCUCGUUUUAUGAAAAACCCUACAGUCAGAAAUUACAGGCGACUAUUGAUCAGGAAGCAUCAUUGCUUGUUGGACAAGCGUAUCGAGCAACUGAAGAGCUUAUUCAGAAGAACAUUGACAAACUGGAAUUGAUUGCACAAAGUCUACUAAAACAUGAGGUUCUUUCGUAUGAAGAUGUGAAGAAGUUGAUUGGACCCCCGCCGUUCGGAGAAAAACAGGUGGUCGAUCUCGUCGAGAACAGUCUACCGAAAGACGGUGAA